CUUCGUAUUAGAAGCGUGUAUAUAGUUAGGAAUCCACUGUAAACCGAUUUGCGCUUAACUCCCGGUUUUAUCUGCGCUAAGUACCCGGGCUUAACUCGCUGCUGCUGCCUCCGAGUAUUGUGACGCCGAUGACGCUGUGCCGCCGACGACGCCACGCGUCACGCUUUUCAUGUUUGACUAAGUGAACAAAUAGAUAUGGAGUGAUAUAGAUAUAUUGACUUUUUGGUGCGAAUCGCGGUCUUCCGACGGACCUACUGCCUUCCACGGCCGCCAUUGUUUGUGUUUGUGUUGCAGACCUUCCAGUCCAUGUGGCCGAACAGUCUCACUGCUGGAUGCAGCCCAGAUGGCGACCUUUCUUUUCCUGGCUUUGGAAGCGGUUGCGGUGGAAGUACUUCAGGUAUGGCCUACUUGAAGUCAACACCAUAUCCGGUACCAGGUUUAGGUCUACAUGGACUGCCUGUUGACUCACUGCACACGUCCAUGGGUGGUUAUCCAGGAGGAAAUCAAAGGAAACAAAGGAGAGAAAGGACAACCUUCACAAGAGCACAACUUGAUGUACUGGAAUCACUAUUUGGAAAAACAAGAUAUCCAGAUAUAUUUAUGAGAGAAGAAGUAGCGCUAAAGAUUAAUCUUCCGGAGUCCAGAGUGCAGGUAGUAUGGUUCAAAAACAGGAGAGCGAAGUGUAGACAGCAACAAAAGCAGCACACACAGCAGCAAAACACGAAAACCACAAAGUUGAAAAGCAAAACCUCCGACAUCGGCGGUAGCAGCACUCCUGCCGUUACGAAAGCAUCCUCUUCCACCCCAGUUUCUGUGUCGAGCAAUAAUAAUACCAGCACCAGUUCAACAACGAGCUCGCCUACGCUUCACCCAACAUCACAGCUUCGAGACAGUCCUAAUCCCAACUACGUGAAGUCGCAACUACUUUCGACUUGUGGAAGUUCAGGUUCACCAACAGUGGUGACAUCUACGUAUACAAAUUCCACGAACUCAUCUAGCAUUUGGUCACCUGCGUCUAUCGACUCCUUUGCUUUAGAUCAGCAUAGGUGGUGCUCAUCUGGCCAAACAACGGUUCUCAGCACCACAAACUCCGCGCCAGGUUACACCAACUAUCCAUAUUACACAAACAUGGACUACCUUACCACCACUUCUAUGAACCAUUCUCAGCUUGGGGAUAACAGUCUGGAACCCACGUGGUCGAAAACGAGGGAUGAGUCGUGGUUAUACAAUGGUAGCUGGGACAGAAAAUGAAACAAUAUAAAAAUUCGGAAGGAGAAACAUUUUUCUGAAUAGCAAUUUCUAUGAAUACAGUAAUGACUUCAAGAUCUCAAUGAAUGUUAAUCAAUGUAAAAGUGGGCAUAUGUAUGAGCAUGUAUUAUUGCAUAGAGACAAUUUCCAAAAGUUGUCAAUGUACAGGCUGAUUCUCUUAUUUACCUGUUUCGUUGCUAAAUAAGAAAGAAACUUUACAACCAAAUACACAAAAAAAAGCGUUCAGUCUAACACACAGUAUUUUUGGUACCACUUGAAUAACCGAACGUACUUAAGAAUCAGAGGAUUAUUUUCUGUAAAAAAUUUACCUGUUGGCCUAUGAAUCACUAAUAAAUCGUAAAUCAGGUAUUUUGAUAAGAAACGUUGGGUCCAUUAACCUAUUACCAGAGACACCUAAACAUUCAUCUCUCUAGAUACAUUAUCAUUAUAAAAGUUAAACUUAUAGUGAGCUUCCAAAAUUGUUGCUGAAGGAUGUAUUAAGAUUAGAUAGAUGACAUUCUUCGAACCAUAUUUUAUUAAUGAAAUGUUUAUUUUUCUCUGGGUGACAAUGGUUGCAACUUACUAUGGGUAAAUGCAGUCAGACAGAUAGAAUAUUGAUACUUGAGCUUCAUAGUCAUACAUAAUCUCGAAUAGAACUUCUUUGACCUAUGCCCCUUCAAUGUCAUUCAAGUAACUUCAACAGAUAUGAACAACAGGAAAAUAUGAAUGUCAUUACAAAUAUUGGGAAAUAGUUUGGCCAUGACAUCAUAUUAAGAUUCAAAAUGUUUCUUUUUGUGUAUGUCGUUGUCCAAGUAAGAUUACCAAAAAUAAUUGUCUUUGUAUGUGCAAUGUCGGGAAUUCAUAUCAUAUUGGUAUACUUUCUUGUAAAUAUACAUCUGUAGGGAUAAGUAAAUGAUUCUAGUUGUUAGUGUAAGAAAUACAGACAAUGAUCAAAAUAGAACACAAUGUUUUAAUUUAAGACAGUCAAGACGAUUAUUUUUAGUGCAGUAUAUCAUACGUCACAAAAAACAUUCCAAAAAUUUUGAACUCACAAUGAAGUGACCGAAUUCAUAACUAAUUUGAAUUUACUACAAUAUUCGAUUUUAAUUCAUGAUAGCAAGGUGUAGUAUAACUUUCAGUUUACUUUGUAUGUAGAUUAAUGGGUAUACGAAAACCGUAUUCGCUACUAAAUAGAUCUUUAAAAAAUAUUUGAUGUAUUUCAUAUUGUCUUGUUAACGUUUAUGUUUUAUGCUUAUAUCUGAAAAUUCCGAUUCAAUAUACAAGGUGCGUCAUCUAUUACUUUUUUUUUCUAUUUGAAAAAUCAACACGCUUUUUACGAGGUGAAAUCAAAUAUUUUUAUUGAUAAAUGAAGGUUGAUUUAUGCCAUAUAUGUAUGAAAAGUAACAUCAGUCAUGUGACCACUGCGGCUUCAUUUACAGGCCAACAUCCGAACAUCGAAAUGUUCAAUGACUUUUCCGUUCAAUGGCUUUUCCCAGAAUAAUCGGGUCUAUGGCCGCAAUUUUAGUCCGAUUAUUGCGCUUUAGGUCUUGAAUUGUCCAGGGACCAUUCACAUACACUUUUCCUUUCAAAAAUCCCCAAAGAAAACAGUCAAGAGGGGGCCAACUGACAUCUGAAUUUUGUGAAAUUAUGCGGUAUUGAAAUUUCGUGUGCAAUAAGGCGAUUGUUUGGCGAGAUGUGUGAGCCGUUGCUCCGUCUUGAUGAAACCAAAGACCGUCUGCACCAAUACGAUCCAAUUGUGGCCACAAAAAGUCUGUUGCAUGCCGCGAUCACGUUCCCCGUUGACGGUAAUGGCCUUUUCUUCGGUAUCUUCAAAGAAGAAUGGUCCAGCGAUGCCACCAGCCCAUAAUCCGCACCAGUCACUUUUUCAGGAUGGAGAGGUUGUUCAUGAUAUUGGUGUGGAUUUUCAGCCCCCCAGAAUCUGCAAUUUUGCUUAUUUAUGUACCCAUUGAGGUGAAAAUGAGCCUCAUCAGAAAAGAGCACUUUGGCCGAAAAUCCGUUUUCUCUUUCCAGCAUCCAAUUAACAAAAACACGCCGCUGUUGAUGGUCUGCCGGCUUCAAUUCUUGUGUUAGUUCGAUUUUGUAUGCAUGAAGGUGUAAAUCAAUGUGUAAAAUCCGGCGUAAAGUGGUCUCACUAAUUCCCAAUUGGUGCCUAGUUGAGGUGGUUGGAUCUUCUCGCACACUUUCACUCACUGCGGCUAUGUUUUCACGAAGUACGAGCUGGACGAGCAUGUUGGUAUGGUCUACGACCUUCAACUGAACCAGUAAAAAGUAACAGAUGGUGCACCCAGUACAACUAGUCAUUUUCUAUGUGCCAAUCACCUGAAGAAUCAUCGAAAUGUAUGCAAUAGUUGAAAGAACUGUACAUAUCCUAUUUAACGAUAAUGUAAAAGUAUUGUAAAUUGUUAAUCACCAAAUUGUAGAUGAAUAAGAUUAAGGCCUAAAUUUGAACGAGCAACGUUUAAAAAAAGGCAACGAUGUGGUAUAAUCAUAGGAAAAAACUUGUAUUUUCUUUCAAAAAUAAUAACAGUAAUAAACGACUGUACAGGAAGCUAUUGUUAAGGUUUUACAUAAUAUAAUAGAUAUUCGAC